AUGCAGUAACAAUUAUGUUUGCAUCAGAAUAUCCAACUCUAACAAUGACUGUUCCCUUAUAUUAUACAUUGUUUGAAAUGCUUGAGGAAGUUAAAAAAAAUUAUAAUUCGUCAUUUUGGCUUGUUCAAGAAUGUGAUGCUGCAAAAAAAAAGCUUAUGAAUUAUUAUAAUAAGACAAAUGUGUUAUAUCUUGUGUCAGUGUGGCAAAUAAAUGAGCCAAAUUAUUCGAAUCUUGCAAAAUUUGCACAAGAUUGUCUUUCAAUUCCUGUAACAAGUGUUCCAAGUGAACAGGUCUUUAGUAUUAGCAGUGAUAUGAUAACUGAUAAGCAAAACCGAUUAAGUAAGAAAACAGUUUGA